AUGUUUAUAGCUAUGUCAGUGGUGGAGUUACAGUGGAGGAGGACUUUGAAAUGUUUGUGAAAGUUGUGCUUCGUGUGAUCUUCUUGAACGGGAUCACUAAACAAAGGCGCUACAGAACACUUGCAUAUAGCUACGUUCAUUCACUUCUGCACGGCUACCUGAACGCUCUUCCAUGCCUCAGCCUCCCAGACCAACGCAUGGGUACACUCAGCAUGCCCACACCUACACUCAACGAGCCCCCCAGUCACCACGAGUCAAACAUUAAAGAUCUAGUUUCCAUCUGACUUAACAGAGCAAAAUGGUGAAGAAGAAAAUAGACAAUCGAAUUCGCAUCCUAAUUGAAAAUGGAAUGUUACUGGGCCACAGGACCCUCGUGGCGCUGGUUGGGGACAAGAGCAGAGAUCAGGUUGUGUACUUACACCACAUGCUGUCAAAAUCCAGUCUUAAGCAAGCCAGUGUUCUGUGGUGUUACAAGAAGGAGCUGACUUUCUCCUCUCACCGAAGAAAGAGAAUGAAGCAGCUCAAGGCUAAAAUCAGGUCUGGACAGGCAGAGAUUAAUGAGGAUGACCCCUUUGAAAUGUUUGUAUCCAUGACUGACAUCAGGUACUGCUUCUACAAAGAGACUCACAAGAUUUUGGGCAAUACUUACAAGAUGUGUGUGCUGCAGGACUUUGAGGCUUUGACACCCAACAUCCUGUGCCGAACGAUGGAGACGGUGGAAGGCGGAGGACUCAUAGUGUUGCUGCUGCAGAGCCUCACCUCCCUGCGCCAGCUGUACACCCUCAGCAUGGAUGUGCACGCCCGCUACCGCACAGAGGCUCAUCAGUACGUGGUGCCGAGGUUCAACGAAAGGUUUAUUCUGUCCCUGGCAUCCUGUCCUGCCUGUGUAGUGAUGGAUGACCACCUGCGUGUCCUUCCCAUCUCCACCCAUCUGAGGGACCUCCAGCCAGUGGCUCCACCAUCCACCAGCAGCCCUUUGUCGCCCCAAGACCAGGAGUUGAAGGACCUGAAAGAAUCGUUAAAAGACAAUCCUCCAAUUGGACUUUUGGUUGAUCUCUGUAAAACAUUAGAUCAGGCCAAGGCAGUCCUCCAGUUUGUGUUGGCCAUCACGGAGAAGACGCUGCGCACCACGGUCACUCUCACCGCCGGUCGGGGAAGAGGCAAGUCUGCAGCGCUUGGACUGGCCAUAGCUGGUGCAGUAGCGUUUGGCUAUUCCAACAUCUUCGUCACUUCACCGAGUCCUGAGAACUUGAACACCUUGUUUGAGUUUGUGCUAAAGGGACUGAACACGAUGGGCUAUGAGGAGCACCUCAACUACCAGGUCCUGCGAUCAGCUGACCAACAGUUCAACAAGUGUGUCAUGAGGAUUGUGGUGACGAGAGAGAGGCAGCAAGUCAUACAGUAUAUAGCUGCUGGUGAGAGCAGCUGCCUGGGUCAAGCCGAGUUGGUGGUGAUAGAUGAAGCUGCUGCCAUUCCUCUGCCCUUGGUCCGGCAGCUCCUCGGCCCAUACCUUGUGUUCUUGUCCUCCACUGUGUCUGGGUAUGAGGGCACUGGAAGGUCCCUUUCUCUCAAGCUGAUUGACCAGCUCAGAAAUCAGACAAAGGAAAAAGUUGGGGAGAACAACAGCACAGACAAGACAAUGAACGCAUCUGAAUUAGGACGAGUCCUGCAUGAGGUCACUCUGGAGGAGUCCAUCAGGUACAAAACUGGUGACCCAGUGGAGGCUUGGCUGCACCAGUUGCUGUGCCUCGAGGCUUCUCUACCUCCGUUGCCUCCUGUGGUAACUCCUCCCAGUGAAUGCCAACUCUUCUAUGUCAACCGAGACACCUUGUUUGGCUACCACAAGGUAUCAGAAAGGUUCUUGGCCCAGGUGAUGGGCUUGCUGGUGUCCUCUCACUAUCGGAACACCCCAGAUGACCUCCAGACUCUCUCUGACGCCCCGGCCCACCACCUCUUUGUCUUGCUGCCUCCACAGGACCAGACAAAGGGAGACACACUGCCUCCAGUAUUUGUGGUCAUGCAGGUGGCCUUUGAGGGAAAGAUCUCCAGGUCGUCAGUCAUGUCUGCGCUGACCCAAGGGGAGAAGCCGGCAGGAGACCUCAUCCCUUGGACCAUCAGCAACCAGUUUCAGAAUUAUGAUUUUCCUCAACUGUCGGGUGCUCGGAUAGUUCGUAUUGCCACUCAUCCAGGCUUACAAAGGAAAGGCUAUGGUAGCCAUGCUAUGACACUGCUGACUGAGUACUACAGUGAAGCAUCCGUCCAUGCUGACUAUGUGGACUCUGCCCCCGCUGAGCAGCAGCUGGCCCACGUGGUGCAAGACCCUCAGGUCAGCCUGUUAGAAGAGAAACUGGGCCCCAACACCCAGUCUCUAUCACUGCUGCAGCCAUUGUCGGAGCGGCCCCCAGAAGCCCUUCACUACCUUGGAGUGUCCUAUGGAGUAACUCACCAACUCCUCAACUUCUGGAAGCGUGCUGGAUUCACCACUGUGUAUUUGAGCCAGGUAUCCAACAGUACCACGGGGGAGCACACCAUGAUAAUGCUGAGGGUAUUGGGGGAGGACAAGGAGGCUCGGCCACAGUCCUGGCUGGCAGAUCUUUGGUUUGACUUCAGGAAGAGAGUUAUUAACCUCUUGGCUUCAGCUUUCAAGAGUUAUGACUGCAAGUUUGCUCUCAACCUCUUGACCAACAACAUCUAUAAGAAGAAAGCUGAAGGCCUCAGCAUGAUGGAGCUGCAGCUUCACUUCAUCCAGGGUGACUUGCAGCGGCUGGAGGAGUUCACCCGCCACCAGUGUGAGGCGCCCUUCAUCACAGACAUCCUGCCUGCCCUCGGACGCUUGUACUUCCUCAGAAAGAUUAAAGACUUUAAGCUGAAGCCUGUUAAAACUGCCAUUCUUUGUGGAGUUGGAAUUCAGCGCAAGACACCAAAAACCGUUGCAGCUGAGCUUGGUAUUGCACAAAGCAUUGUAAUGAGCCAGAUGCAUUCCCUCAUCAGUGACCUGACAAAACAAAUGAGGAAAGUAUGGGAAGAGGCAUCAGCAGCUGCUGUGACAAAUGGGGAAAAUGAUGAAGGCAUCCUGCAAGACUUGGCGCUGAGCAUGAAGGAAAGUGUUAAGAAAAUGAAGGCCAAAGAAGAGGAUGACAGACAAAAGGUUACACAGCUAAUUGAUAUCACCCAGUUUGGUAUCAAGGCCAUGGAACAAGAGAUAAAAGAACCUGUUGUCAGCAAAAGAAAAAUCAAGUUGGACAAAGGGGAAAAAGGGAAAAAGAAAAAAAGCAAGAAUGAGGCCAUUCAAGUAGAUAGCUAGUUCUGAGUGCCCUAAAAUUUGUAAUAUUGUUUAAAUAAAUACUACAGACAUAUAAA